UCCUAAUCCCACUAUUGUUCUUGUACAAGCCAUCUAUGUUGUAAGAAACUUCAUUCCCACUCUCACCCUUUCUGCGUGCACUGUGCACGCGCCAAGGACCACAGGAUGACCUUCCAGUUUGUCCUUGCAACUGGGAAACUCCAUAAAUGGGUAAAAUGGAAUUCGAGCGGCAGUAUACUAAUACAGCAAACUCUAUGAGCAAAAAGACCACCUAAGUGUUGGCGGCGCGUGAUAGACACGUGUGGAUAGGGAGACGAUGGGAAAUCCCUAAAGAUCAUAAAAUCUUGUAACCCUCGCUCUCGUGUAUAAGGCCCCAAAUCCCGGAAAAACAAGAAGUAUUCUUGCCAUAAAAAUCAUAAGGAAAGCAUCACAACAGUACCCAUAAUAAAAGCUGAAAAGAAAAAAAACGAGAUCCACCUCGAACCUCUCUCCACCCCCUUCCUCCUCCUCCUCCUCCUCCGUAAGUUCUCACGGUCACGGCGUCACUACGGCCUCCACCACUCCUCAAAUCAAAUCAAAUUCUAGUUUGAGAGAGAGAUACUCUUCUUUUCGUUUAAAAAAAAAAAUUCAAUCUUUGUGGCUCUCUUCUUUGUUUUUCUUUGGAUUUUGUUGUUAGUUAUUGGUCCAUUUGAAUACCCAAAUCCCAGAAAUCUUUGUUGUUUGAAGAGAAUAAGGGAAGUUGUGAAUUGGGUUUGGGUCAAUAUUUAGGGAAACAAGGAAAGGAAAUGAGGGAGGAUGAUUCUAAUUGGUUUUCAAGAUGGGAGGAAGAGCUCCCAUCACCAGAAGAGCUUAUGCCCUUAUCCCAAACCCUAAUUACUCCUGAUCUUGCUCUUGCUUUCGAUAUCCGUAAUCCUACUAAUACUGCCACCACUAACACCGCUUCUCUUUUACAACAAAAUCAGCCUCCUCCUCCUCCACCGCCGCCACCCACUGCCGCCACCCCCUCCCCUAACAACCCCUUGCCGCCUUCCCAACCUAACUCCGCUGAAUACGCCGCUGAUUCAGCUGACUUGGGUUCUGGGGCUGCAGGUGAUGAGCCUGCUAGAACCCUUAAGCGGCCCCGGCUCGUCUGGACCCCUCAGCUUCAUAAGAGGUUUGUGGACGCUGUUGCACACUUGGGGAUAAAAAAUGCUGUCCCCAAGACUAUAAUGCAGCUUAUGAGUGUAGAUGGGUUAACUAGAGAGAACGUAGCUAGUCACUUGCAGAAGUAUCGGUUAUAUCUGAAAAGGAUGCAGGGCUUGUCAUCUGGUGGUGCUGGUGGUGUUAAUGGUACUGGUGGUGGCGGGGCUGGUGGAUUGGCCGCAGGGUCUGAUGCUGCAACUGAGCAUUUGUUUGCGAGUUCUCCAGUACCUGCGCAUUUCCUGCAUCCAGGGAGGCCUAAUUCCGAUCAUUUCUUGCCUUUUGUGCCAGUGGCAGCACUGCAACACCAUCAUCACCAACAGCAGAUGGCAGCAGCUGCCGCAGCAGUGGCGCAUCCCCAGUUGCAGAGUCAGUACCACAGGCAGAUGGGGCACUUUGGGUCACCUCCAAAUGGGCAGUUUGAACAUCCCUUUCUGGCUAGACAGACACAGCAGCCUGUGCAUAGGAUGGGGGCGCCAGUGCAUAAUACAGUUCCAGGAUAUGUGGAGGAUUUGGAGUCGGCGAGUGGGAACGGGGGUAGGAAGGUUCUCACUCUGUUUCCUACGGGGGAUGAUUGAAUUUGGAUGAGGAUAAAUAAUGCUGGCAAGUGCAAUAUAUGUUCUAUAGGAUCUAAUUAUGGGUUGGUAUCUUUGGUUGGCACAUUUGGCACUGAGUUUCUCAGCAAGAUCUUAAUAUCACGUGUAUGUCUCUCUUUUCUGUUUUUUAGAUGAUGCAAUGUAGAGGGGAGUUGUACUUGUUGUACAUUGUGUGACUUUACAGAAGAGUAAAUCCCAAUUUGAUGGGUUAAAAAUUCCUCAUGUUAUUAGACUGUUAAUUUUAAUUUAAUGCUCCAUGAACUUUUUAGUA